AAAAGCUGAAGCAAACAAAGUUUGAUUUGACAAUGUAGCUGGGCGGCGCUGGGCGGGCGGCCGUGAACGAGGGCGGCGCGCGCGCUUCAGUCCCCUUCCGAUAUCCGAACUCGACUAGUCUAACUGGUGACUUCGGCGCUAACAACUUCUCUCAUUACAUAUUCCACAUAUGAUUUUUUUUAUCAAAAGUUAAAAACUUACUAAGUAUUAGUGCUUUGUAAUAUCUAAGCAAACAUUUAAAAACUAAAAUUCAAUUCAAAAGCGGUGAAUAAGAUUCCAAUUACAGGAGAUGAUAUUGCUGAGCUCGGGAAUUUUCAUUUUAAUUGACGUUUCAACAUUUGUGAUGAUAACAGAAUAAAAGUCAGACUAAAUAAACUUUGAUUUAUAUAUUCUAAUAUUUCUAAGAAUUAAGUCUUAAUACGUAAUAAUCUGAAUUUCUAAGUAACUCAAAGAAUUAUGAAGAGUUUAUAAUUGAAUUCGUGUUACGUGAACGAAAUAAUACAAAAACUUUAAAGAAAUAAUAUGGCUGAUAAAUUGAAUGAAUACCAAGGAGUGACGGGUCGCUUGCAUUCGACAAGAGACAAGUGCAAGGAACGAUGGGCUCAAUGGAAAGAGGAACAUCCCCAGGGAGUUAAAGAGGCGGUUAGAGAAGCCCUCUAUGCUAUACCAUCUUCUGACGAGCCUCCUGAACGAGUUGUGCGCGAAGACGAAUACAGUGACUUGUUUAGGAGAAAAAACAGACUCGAACUGAUGAGAAUAUCAGCAGCUGUGAUGGGCAUAGAAUUUUCAUAUGCUGGCGAAACCGCAUUUGUAUCACCGACCCUACUCCAAAUUGGAGUUCCGCAUCAACAAAUGACCUUGGUUUGGGCUCUAUCGCCACUGAUUGGUUUUUUUAUGACUCCAUUGCUGGGUUCCCUCAGCGACAGGUGCCCAUCGAAAUAUGGCAGACGGAGGCCUUUUAUUGUUUUAAUGUCGAUCGGAGUUUUACUAGGACUCAUUUUAGUUCCCAACGGAGAAGAUAUAGGUUACGCUUUAGGAGAUGAAGGCACUGCGAACAGGACUGUUGUUCCUUCAGCUCUAGGGCCGAGGAGCUCUGCUCUUGAGGUUCAAAGUAACAACCACCAUCCUUGGGGUGUACUCUUCACAGUACUUGGUACAGUUCUUUUGGAUUUCGACGCUGAUGCGUGCCAAAGUCCCGCCAGAGCUUAUCUCCUUGAUGUGACAGUUCCAGAGGAUCAUGCUAAAGGACUGAGUACUUUUACUGUCAUGGCUGGCUUAGGUGGAUUUAUGGGCUAUGCCCUUGGAGGAAUAAAUUGGGAUGAAACUUCCUUAGGAGAAUUAUUUGGGGGCCACGUUAGAGCCGUAUUUUUCCUUAUUACAAUAAUUUUCAUUGUAUGCGUUACGGCCACAAUAACGAGUUUUAAAGAAAUACCAUUGAAUGAGAUUGGUGAAAGUGAUGAUUACAAAAAAUUAAAUGAUAAAGAUCAAUUUGAGGAACGUUUCCAAGACGAUGAGAAUGUUGAAAGGAAUGGGCUGAAGAAAGAGACUACUUCGUAUGGAUCUUUAAAUAAAUCUGAUGUACCCGAAGAUGAACAAAAUAAUGGAAAUAUAACGAUCAAAAUCCCAGUGGAGGGUCACACAGGGGAGCCACUUUCUCUGAAGCACUAUCUGAAGUCUAUUAUAUUAAUGCCUAAGUCAUUGCGUGUUGUGUGCCUAACUAAUCUAUUUUGCUGGAUGGCUCAUGUGUGCUACUCGCUCUAUUUCACUGAUUUCGUCGGUGAAUCUGUUUUCGGUGGAAAUCCAGCUGCACCCGUGGGAAGCGAAAGCCGUAUAAAUUACGAAGCGGGUGUUCGUUUCGGAUGUUGGGGUAUGGCUAUGUAUUCGCUGUCUUGCGCUUGCUACUCUACUGUAAUUGAAAAGCUCAUAAAAAUGUUAGGUGCCAAGAAAGUAUAUGUAGGUGGAUUGUGUACGUACAGCUGUGGCAUGCUUAUGCUGUGUAUUCUCCGAGCUCGUGCGGCUGUGCUGCUCUUCAGCUGGACUGCUGGAAUAAUGUACUCGACCCUAUUCACCAUGCCAUAUUUACUGGUCGCACAUUAUCACGCAACCGGAAUGUGGGACAGCGAGGGUGGUGGUAGUGAACAGGAACGUGGUAUCGGCACCGAUGUGGCGGUGGUCAGCAGCUGUGUGUUUGUAGCUCAAUUGUGUAUAUCGGUGAUCAUGGGAUUCGCUGUAAAGAUCACUGGCUCCACGGCAGCAGUAGUUGCUGUUGCUGCAACGCUUGCUGGAGCAGCUGCUUUCACUGCAACUAAGAUAACAUAUCUUGAUCUUUAAGCACAGAAUACGGUAUGACUUGCGAGUAUUGAUGAAUUUAGUUGUUAUUUUCAGCAAGUUAAUGUUGUUUCUGGUAUAAAGUACAUAAUAUAAGAUAUUGGAUUGUUGUGAACUGCUUAUAACAUUAUUGUAUUAAACAAACGUUGAUGGAUUUUGUAGACGUUUGCCAUAUGUAUUAAUAAUUUUAUUGAGUAAAAAUGUUAAUAUUAGUUAAGAUAUAAAGAAUUGACUUCGGAUUUAAAACAAAAUGUUCGUUAUAGCAACAUCAUAAAAUAAAUCCAUUAAACUAUUAAGGAUAGAGUUUAGAUAACACUUCAUUAAACUUUCAUUAAACACUUUCAUUAAACUAUAUGGAUUCAUUUAACUAUGUAUAAUUAUAAUUACAAUAAAUUAGCGUAUUAUUAUUUUCGAAUAUGAUUAUAAAAUUAUCCUGACAGCAUUUAGAGUAGGUAAUAUGUCUAAAGCAAUCUGACAAGAACAGCGGUGUUCUGUCAAACGCUACAUAUCCCAUUCGUGAAAUGUUAAAAUCCGGCUUGCGGUGCUACGGUAUUUUAAAGCAUGUAUCCUUUAAAGUUUAUGAAUAUUAUAGUCGAUAUCGCUUAUCACUUUCUGACAUUUCAAGAAUGUUCUGCAGCGAGUUUGAGUUUUUUCUAACCGAAUAGUUCUACACAUACAAAUUAUUUUGUAUUGUAGGCUUUUUAUGUGUAGGAUUUUUACUUUUUAUGGUUUAAAAAUAUUUUAGAUAAUAAAUUCAUGGUGAAUUCCAUAACAGCAUAUUACAUACAGAUACUAUAUUUACUGUUA